AAGCCCACUGGGUAAUUAGUGGGCCUUAUCUUAAUAACUUUAUGCUACUAUCCACGUGUACGGUUGAGAUGCUCCGGUGUAGUGUGCGGUCUAUGGUGGUGAUUGGUAAUGUUGUUUACAUCAGAUCAUGACGUUAACACGGAAAGAGGUUGCUUUAGAAGACAUCAAUUCAUUCGUCCUGUAUCCACGCGCCUCUUUCAUUCCCCCACGCGCAGCCGUGUGUGAUGGCUAACCCCCCAACGUUACCGAUAUCAGAAAAUCCCGGUGGUGGUUCCCAAUCUCAGCAAACCGUCUCCGCACCAGCGUUUCGCACGUUCCUCUCUCGUCUCUCUUCGUCGAUCCGCCAGAGCCUGUCCCAGCGACGGCCGUGGUUGGAACUCGUUGAUCGGAGCGCGAUUUCACGGCCAGAUUCUCUAACCGAUGCGUAUUCUCGGAUCCGGAGGAAUCUACCGUACUUCAAGGUGAAUUACGUGACGAUCGUGUCCUCGGUGCUCGCGCUCUCGCUCCUCUCCCAUCCUUUGUCUCUCCUCGUUCUCCUAUGCCUCUUCGGCGCCUGGAUCUUCCUCUACCUCUUCCGUCCGUCGGACCAACCGCUGGUGAUUCUCGGCCGUACGUUCUCAGAUCGUGAAACGCUUGGAGUUUUGGUGCUUUUGACGAUCGUCGUCGUGUUCUUGACCAGCGUUGGAUCUCUAUUGACCUCUGCUUUGAUGAUCGGUUUCGGAAUUGUGUGUCUGCACGGCGCAUUUAGAGUUCCGGAGGAUCUUUUCUUGGAUGAUCAAGAGCCUGCUAACACCGGACUAUUGUCUUUCCUUAGCGGAGCCGCCACCUCCGCCGCAGUUGCCGCCGCAUCAACUCCUGCGCCAGGUCGUGUCUGAGUUAAGCACUCGUCCUCUGUAUAAGAAACUCAAAUUUCUAUGAUUCUUUAUUGUUUCUUUCUAAAAAUUACUUACGCCAUAUGUGAUUGAGAAUGUAGUAUUGAUCUUCUUGGUUCUAAGUUGAGGGAUUCAAGAUUCUGAUUCUUUUGACAUCCAUUGAUUUCGAAUAUGUUGUAACUGAUUCAACAA